GCCAGCAUAUUGAGAAGAAGCAUUUUGUUUUUUAUUCUUCAUUCCACGUGCAGUUGAGGAGAUUUUAGAGUUUUCCGUUUAUUAACACCCUUUUUCAGAAAAAGCCAACGAAAUCUUCUGCUAUGGGUAAAAAGUUUCAAAAAAAGAAGAAAGCCGAGCAAUUGGAGAUAGUUCCAGUGGAUGAGAAUCCACCAUUACCCUCACAAAGGCCUUCGGAUGAGUCCAUUCCCAAAAGGGAAAAAUGGAUAAACAAACAAAGAGUUUUGGUCUUUGCAGCCCGGGGUAUAAGUCAUCGCGACCGGCACUUGAUGAAAGACAUCAAAACUCUUAUGCCCCAUCAUAGACCCGAAUCAAAAAUGGAACGAUCAAAGACAUUGUCCACAGUGAAUGAUAUGUGUGAAAUGAAACAUUGCAACAAGUCCAUAUUGUUCGAAGGACGACGUAAACGCGAUCUAUACAUGUGGGUAUCCCAAGUACCCACAGGACCUUCGGCCAAGUUUCUUGUGGAAAAUGUCCACACAAUGGCCGAACUGAAAAUGACUGGCAAUUGCCUGAGAGGCUCCAGACCUUUGUUAUCAUUCGAUGGUAAAUUUGAUGAGAUUCCACAUUUGAAGCUUCUGAAAGAGCUCUUUACACAAACGUUUGGUGUGCCAAAUCAUCAUCCGAAAAGUCAACCCUUUAUAGAUCAUGUUUACACAUUUACUUACUUGGACAGAAGAAUUUGGUUUAGGAAUUUCCAAAUUCUUUCGGAAGAUGGUGGCUUGGCGGAGAUUGGACCCAGAUUUGUUAUGAAUCCAGUAAAAAUAUUUGAAGGUUCCUUCACGGGCAGUACUUUGUGGGAAAAUCCAGACUAUGUUAGUCCAGCUAAACAAAGGCAAAUGUUAAAGAAGGCUGCCAAAGAACGAUAUGUUAAUCGGGUAGAGCAAAAGGUCCAUUACCAGGCUACAUUACCCACAAAAGCUUACGAAGGUGUUGAGUACGAUGAUAUAUUUGAUGAUAACGAUGCUAUAGAAACAGCAAAACUAUUGGCAGAGAAGGCCAAGAAGAAAGCAUUGCUCCUACAGGAAAAGGCACAGAAAACGCCAAAAGAUAAUUUAACUAAAAAGAUCAAAGAGAAACAAUUGGAAGCCGUAAAACAAGUCAUAGAGAAGAAGAAAUUAAAGGGCAACAAAGUUUUAAAGCAAAAAUCGUAAUAAAAGCACAAACAUAAUUUA